GUUUGUCGUAAAAGUGUGAUAAAUAAAUUGGUCGUCUUAUACGAAGGAUAUUCUAAUCCACACAUUCUGAUCCCUAACGGUGGAUAACGCUAACGCGACUAACGGACUUUGGUCAGCAAUGAACAGUAUCGGGGAGAACUGUACGCAACUGAAAAAGGAUUACGAUGCCUGCUUUAACAACUGGUUCUCGGAUCGAUUUCUUAAAGGCGACAUGGACGAUUCGGCGUGUGCUCCGCUGUUCAAAGUUUAUCAGCAAUGCGUGAAGGAUGCAAUGAAACAGCACCACAUCGAGUUCAAGGAGAUUGAAAACGACUACAUUGGUACAAAGCGGGAGGAAAAGAAACCACCGAAGGAUAGCUGAGAACGUUCUUGUCCAUGCCCGGACGAAUUAUGAUGUUCGCUGUGCUGCUGCUGCUAGUCUAAUUUAAGGAACAAGUGAAGUUCAACUAUUAGUUAAUUUUUAACCGUAAUCUACUAAAGAUUGUGAUGCUAGUGAGGAGGAUAGGACAAAGUAUUGGCGGGGUUAAGUAUAGACUAUUUUCUUUCUUCAUUCCUAGGAUUGUGUUAGUUUAGAAGGAGUGAAGCCACUGCCGGUUUGUUGCCCUUUCUGUCCAGUCCUACAAUCGACGGUCCAAAAGUUUUGUGUAGGGUGGAUUGUGUUUGUUGUAAAAUAAACGUGAUAUAGUCAACAAUUGCGUUUAGGUUGACGCACGAAAAACGU